AUGCCGGUUGAGUUCGUUCCAGUGGCUCGCCCGAUCGGCAGUUAUCGGGACAGUCCGAGUCGUCAAAGCCCACCUGGCUCGAAGCUAGAAGGUAGAGGCCAACGAGUGCCCAGAGGCGGAGGUAUUGGAGUAGCGACAGUGGAAAGAUGGCUGCGUCGAGCUUAUCAUAAAGCCACCUACUGUAUUGCCAGUAACAUCAGCGGAGCCCCCUCGAGGUACGGAACUGAGCUCCUCGUGGUAACUCCGGAAACUGCAGGAGAGAAUGCAGGCCAACAAGUUCUGAGUGAGUUGGAGUGGGGUCAGGUGGCCCCCACAUCCCUNUGGAUUGUGCUCGUGAGUGUGCGCAUUCCUCUUUUUCGCGCAUUGCUUUUAGCGAAUCGACACAGCACCGUUCAUGUGCGUGCUCCUGGAACGCCACACCCCGGGGGACUGUCAGUGGCAGUUCUUCCUCAACAUCUCGGAGAGACCUCUCGAAACGAGUCAAACCCGGCACCAGCUGGCGCAACUCAAAUAGAGAGCACCGAGGGGGUUGGCCAACAACAUCCGACCAAACGAAGGGCGCCUCUUUGGAGCGAGGAAGAGCUGCCACCGGCCACGAACGAAGGGUGCGCUGGCCGCGAAGUCAAGGAAUUGACGGCUGGUGAACAUGAGUCACCACCUCAACCGAGCACUGGAGGCACCCCAGCCAUCGAUAGCGGGGAGAGUGUUAUGCUCAACGAACCACUAAGAGACAGAAGUUGCGGCGAGGGUUUGAUACCCAAUGACCCGCAGGAAAGCGGAGAGGGUGUAAUGCCUGACGACCCACAGGAGAGAGAGAGAUGCCAGGGAAACGGCGAGGGCGGAAUGCCUAAAGACCGCGAAAACAGAUGUUGCGGUGAGGGUGUAAUGCCCUGCGAUCCGCAGGAAAGCGGUGAGGAUGUAGUGCCCAACGACCCGCAGGCCGCUCCGCAAUUGCACAACCUCAAUGGCGGUCAACCGAAUGACCACCUCGAGGAGAGCAGGGACCAAGUUGACGGAAGCAAGCUCCGUGCCUUCCGGCUGCCCGCAAGAUCUUGGGAGAGAUCAUUGCCGAAUGGGCAGUUACUGGCAAGGUGA